AUAACUGUAGAGGGCACUCCGGAAGAGGCGAAGCCAGAAGUUUUUAGAUUUGAGGUCUCGAAUUGUGUAGCGAUGUUUUAGUUUUCGGUAUAAAAUGAAAAAAUUAUGAAAUAUUUAAAUAAAAAGAAUGCUGGAAUAAGUAAAUAUACAUCUGCGAAAGGCUUAUUCUAGGAAAGAAUGGCCGAAGAGCAAGAUCCAUCCUGUGCACCGGUUUAUUUUACUGGAAAUGAGUGUCUUGGACAAGAUGAAAGUAUAUCGACAGAUCAGAGACAUCGGCAUCAUAGCGCACCUGAUGUGAAAGAUCCAGUUUCUGAACCUUCUAUUACUUCAGGAGUAGAAGAUUAUAGAAAUUUUCACAUUGUCAAAACAACCCAACAUGGUAUUUUUGAACGGUGUAAAGAAAUAAUUGAAGAUGGAUAUGAUGUAAAUGAAAGAGAUGAAGAAAAUGUUACAUUACUUCAUUGGGCUGCAAUUAAUAAUCGGCAGGAAAUUGUAAAAUAUUACAUAUCCAAAGGAGCUGAAGUAGAUGCAAUCGGAGGAGAAUUAAAAUCUACUCCUUUACAUUGGGCAACUCGGCAAGGUCACUUAGCCAUGGUGGUACUUUUAAUGCAACAUGGAGCUGAUCCUUCCUUAAGAGAUGGAGAAGGAUGUGCAUGCAUUCAUUUAGCUGCACAGUUUGGUCAUACAGCAAUUGUGGCAUAUCUUGUUGCUAAAGGACAGGAUGUAAAUGUUAUGGAUCAUAAUGGAAUGACUCCUCUUAUGUGGUCAGCAUAUAGAGUUACAACAAAUGAUCCAACAAGGUUGCUACUUACUCUUGGUGCUAGUCUAAGUAUGAGUGAUCGCUAUCAUCGCAAUACUUCCCUUCAUUGGGCAGUAUAUGCAAGGAAUGGUGUAGCAGUCUCUCUUCUAUUAAAACAAGGGGCUAAUGUCUUUAUAAAAAAUGGUCAGGGAGACACUCCACGUGCUAUGGCUGAAAAGUUAUCUGCAACAUGGAUUGCUAAUCGCAUUCAUGAAGUUGAGAAAGAAAAAGAAUUACCUAACAAAAAUUGCUGUCUUCGUAUUUAUAAAGACAAAACUCUAAGGUAUUGGGGAAUGUUUGUAUCUCCUUUCCUGCUUUUCUAUCUAGUUGGAAUGAUUUUGGAAUCUGCAGAAUCAUACGUGGUGAAAGCUUGUCUCUUAUUUGGUCUGUUCCUCAUGAUGACUGUUGUCAGCAGAUUUCUAUUUGAUGAUAGAAUAUUAAAUAUCAUUCCAAUAUCAGUGUAUCUCUCCACCAAGUUCUGGAUGUAUGUUACUUGGUUUACAUACCUUUGGCCAUAUAUUGGAGAUUUAUGGAAUACCUUAGGCUUUUUGGGAUCAUCUACUCUCUUGUUUUAUAGUUUUGUUAAAGCAUGGAAGUCUGAUCCUGGUAUCAUUCAGAUGGAUCAGGAACAAAGAUAUAGAAUGAUAAUAGAGUUAGCAGAAAGAGACGGAUUCGAUCCCGUGUGGUUUUGUAGCACUUGCUUGGUGCGUCGUCCUCUUAGAUCAAAGCAUUGUGCGGUAUGCAAUCGAUGCAUUGCAAAAUUUGACCAUCACUGUCCGUGGGUGGGAAAUUGUGUUGGUAUAGGAAACCACUGUUAUUUUGUUGCAUAUUUAUUUUUUCUACUCAUAAUGAUAUGUUGGUGUCUUUAUGGUUGUGUUGUUUUUUGGUUAUACCACAUUUCUUGGAAGAGUUCCACCUUUUUGAAUUUCCUAUGGCUCUCGUUAUCUGUCAAUGGUUGGGUGUCUUGGAUAGCCUCAAAUGCCGCUCUUCACGGCAUGUGGGUGGGCUGUUUACUUGUGUGUCAGAUUUAUCAGAUUGUGUGGCUGGCCAUGACAACUAAUGAGCGAAUGAAUUGUGCUAGAUACUCACAUUUUAAAAGGAACAAACAAGGAAUCAUCAUCAGCCCUUUUCACCAUGGAGUGUGCAGAAAUUUGGUGGAUUUUUUCGAAUGGAGAUGUCUCGGACUAUUAAAACCUAACAUUCAGGACUGGAAGCAUUUUUAUAAUUUGGACGACUCCGGAGAGAAUGCCUCAUUAUUGCCACAUAGUCAACAUUAUGUGUGAAGACAAUUCUGUUCACAAGUUUUAUUGUUUGUUUAGUGUAAUUUCCUAAUAGAAAGAUCGACUGUUGUACGGACAAACGAUAUUACGUAUAUUUAUUUUCUCUCACACUGGGCUUUGUAAUAUCCAAUGAAUGUACAUAAUUCAUAAUAGAAGAGUGAGUGUGUUUAUGCUCUCAGAGGAUUUCUUUUGGCUUGGACACAUUUGAGCAUUGCCCGAUUGUGCUGGGACCAAAACAUUUUUUUGAUAAUCAAUUUAAUUUUUUCAUUGGCUUCUGUAGACAUUAUAUUUUUACUUUUAGUGGUAUUCCUGCCCGGAUAUGGAUCCGUCAACCCUUAGUGUCGUGCGUACUUCUAUAGGCAACUAAAAUUUAGUCUCCCGUUAAUUCGACCCGAAUCUAAACUUAACAUAUAGUGAUGAUUUCUAGUUUUGUUUCUAUGGCAGGAAGUCCAAUGGUGCCUUUGCAAUCUGGCUAAAAUGCCAAUUAAUAGUUUUGAGAUUUUGGGAGGGUUGGGUAUUAACUACUUAAGCUAUUCAAAAUGCUGUCAUUUAGAAAUAUAUCAUCAUAAGGGUCUGUGAAAUUCAUUUAUUUAUUGCGUCAAGAUCAAAAAUCAUCAAUUAAUAAUUUUGAGGAGGGAUAAACAUUGGUAGGCAAACAAUCCACCGUUUUUGUUUGAAAUACUUUUUCAGACUCCUUAUUUAUUUAAGAGAUAAUUAUUGUAUAAAUUACAAAUAUUUUCCAGCACAAGCACUCAAACUAGUCAAAGCAGUUGCAAGCACAAGCAUCGGUGUUAUCUUCUUCCAUAUCUUCCUAAAAUUUCCAUCUUACAAUGCCAAAGUCUUAUCCAUUAUUAGUAUUGUAUGCAGAGAUGCAAACGUGGAAGUUUUAACCAAAAUUUUCAUCACGUUGCCGUUCUCUGAAAUGAUUUUUAUUAUGUACAAUGUUAAGAGUUCUUUUUAACACAUUUAUACAUGUCAAACAACACUUAUUUAUGUUGAGAAAUGCUGCAUGCAUUGUCGAGGUACGUGUUGUUUAUAAUUUUAUUAAGUUGUAACAUUGUUCGGUUAUAAAUGUGAAUGUUUAUGCUUGCUUCCUUUUUAUAGAGAGCAAUUUGUUGAGACUUAUUCCCUAUUAAUCAUUGUAUUUUGUCCAUCAUUUAAAUUUGUACCUUGAAAAAUUAAAUUUUUUUUAAAUGUCACAACUUUUGUUUUGAUUUAUAUAUAUAUACAACACGCACAUACACAAUAAUAAUGUGGAUAAUUUAUGGAUUGUUUUCAGAUUCAGUUUGAGUAAAAUUGGUAGUAACUCCA